GCGACGGCAAGCACGACGGCGACAGCGACGACGACCGCGGCGGUUCAUUCUCCGUUCGGCGGCGCUGUCACCGCCAAACAUGUCAAAGCUUCGCAUCGAUUGUUCCGAACUGGCUCUCUCGACAGAUUGAGAGAUCUACAAGAGAUAAAGCAGAAUACUCCAACAAGAUGUCAAUGACGGGAAGCUUGAUGGGUUACGAGAACAAUAACGAGGUAAAUCAAGCAAAGUGCAAGAAGCCGUUGAAACCGCUUCCGAUAGUGUCCAGUAUAAAUUCGAGUGGUAUCACCACUACCACCACUACCACUACCACUACCGCGACCACCACUGCCACCGGUAAAACGAAAAGACCGCGAAAAUCGAGCAGGCGAAAUUCCUGUGUAAGAGGACACGUGAACAGUUUGUGGUCCGUCUGGUACGGCAUUUUGGCGGUUGCUUUUCAAGCUUACAUUGGUUUGAGAUACGCGAAAAGGUUCACCGCAUAUUUAUCGUUACCUUGGCCCGCGGACGCUCCCCCGGCAAAGGUGGAAUUGUACGCGUGUUUGGUGCUAGCCGGUACCGGGGUUGUUCUAUUGCCGGUUCUGCUUGGCGCAGCCUUCCUCAAGCUCGGCAAUCUGGCGAACGAUGGGGUAAAACUCGGCCGUCACUUGAGCGCGUGCUCGCGCGAUCCACCCUCGUCUUUGCUCACCAACAAUCCCGAUCACAGUUUGGCGAAUAAUUUAUGGCGACACGGAGGUCCCACGGCAGCUUUCGUACAUCUUUGCACGGCCAUGUGCUUCUUGCUGCCCUCGCUACUUAUGGAGGCCAGGCUGAUACAUGCUGGAUUUUUGCCAAAAGAAGCGAUAUGGCGUACGGAUCUGGAUUGGCUAGUGACUCAUCGCGAUCGACUGGUCGUGUCGAGCUUCAUAAAUCCGAACGUGAAUCUCAGCAUUCUAACCGGUUUUAUAACACCUCAACCUUUUGUUACCCUGACACCCGACGAUGACAAGCAUAGUGUAAUGAACGACAUCACUACUGCGACUUCGGACUUGACCGAUAUCGUGGUGAAGUCAGUCGAGACAGGAACGCGGGAGACUACCACCAAGUAUCUCGGUCUAUUUCGACGGACGGGUACCGGUUUACCUACACCUAUCGCACGACCAUCUAGUACCAGCAAGUCAACAACGUCUACCACGUCGAGAACAUCGUCGACAACGUACGCGACUCCUAGGUCGAGCAAAAUUACGCCUACAAACACCGCAUCCUCGAUUGCAACGACAACUACUAGCAGCACAACCACGACGAAGAUGACUACGAUCACGAUGACGCCCACGAACAUAGUGAACACAGCGACGUUUGCAUCAACGUCCAACUGGCCAAGUGGUUCAAAGAGCACCUCGGCUACCGUGAAAUAUGGAAAUACCAUAGUCAGGCGACCGACAGUUAGGACGAUCGUAAGAAACAAUAGUUUAAAGACUAGAUCGAAAACGAAGAACGCAGGAAGGUCUUCGACAACGAUCAGACCGAACAACAGAGGUGCUACUGGUGGAAACAUGACAGGGCAAAGUAUGUCGCUAACGAUGAACAGCUUGGCCGAUCUGGAUCAUCCGGAACAGUUGAAUCUGAAAUUUCAAACUGACGAACCGUAUGGGCCCAUUACACUGGAGUACUUGAAUUACGCAAUCGCUCUAGCCGUCUAUUCCGUGAGGUAUCCGGCGGUUUUCUGGUCGUGUAACAAAGCGCUCGGCACAAUUUUCAGUUUCCAGUUGGUUGUCAAUUCCGCUCAGAGCUUACUGGCCUACGUUGGAAUGUCUGUUCUUUAUAAGGUUCAAGUGAUGGGACCUCUGAAGGUCCUGCCGGUUCUUCGGCAACAAUAUCGCACUACCGUAUCGACCACCAGCAGUAUAUCAAGCAUCUUCGGAGAUUCUUACUUUCUCCUGAACCCACACGUCACCCUCGUCCUGUUUGCGCUUUCCUCCCUACUGGUGCUCUGUUCCAGCAUGGUCAUGUACUUAUACGCUUACGGCAGAUUCACGGCGUUCCUGAAUCAGGAGCGUGAGCGUCGAGUGAUUUUGCCAAAGGAGAAUCGGAAUAGAAACAGCUGGGUGUACUUUAUUCAUUGCACCGCCCUCUGCGUGUUCUUGGCAAUUGCGAUCUGCAGCGCGCCUCUGCUCUACGAUUACAGCGUAGUGUAUCGGGGCAGUCUGGACGGGGCGAUUUUAGCUUGCAUCGUGGCCACCGUCCUCCACCUGUUCCUCUGGCUGCUGCUGUGGAUCUUUCUUACGAUUAAGCAACGCUGGACGUUCAAGCUGAGGGUGACGAUCGGCCGUGCCACCGUUCGGUCAGCCAGGUCCGUCAAGCUCGUGACUGACGUGGAUUUGCUGUCGGCCAGGGACGACGAGGACGGAAUUAGCGCACCACUUCUUGUGGUCGGUAACGGUAGGACUUACACUAUAGCUGACGCCUCGCCCAAAAAGGCUAUCAUGAGUGUGAUACAGAAGGCGGCCGUCGAAAGGAAAACGCGCUCUCAAGGAAACACCGAUUCCGUGGACGGUGAGUCGACCGCUGACGAUGAACAGAUCUACUGGUUGAGACCGAAAUUACGCCCUUCGCCAGCUAGGUCGCCGAGCAACGCGAACGGUGUGUCGAGCACGGAAAAGGGUUGGCUGAACAAGAAGUUGAAACCCAAGGUCACCUUUAACGACCUGCCUAGUACGUCCGGCUCGCGUAAUAAGGGAAAAAUCAGACGAGGUACCGAUGACGCGGGGGGACCUGAAGAUGACGGAGAUUACGCCACGCUACGAGAACUACCGCUGAUCACGUCCCUGGAUCCCGCCGAUGAUUCGACAUCCGAGGAGAACAAGUGGGGAAGGUGGCUGAUAUCUCGUAGGGACGGUAUACCUAAAUUCACAAACCUGCUCGAGUGCGUGAACGACGACCAAGUGACUUACUACGCGAGCGCAAAUCGCGAUCUACAACCUUCGGAAGGCGACCCUUCGCCUCUCUUGACUCCAGACCCUUUGCCCGAUCCCGCUUCGGAGCCACUUUCACUGCCACCUCCGACUCCAACUUGUGCACCGACUACCGAAGUUGUCACGGCGCCACUAACCACUAACACCCAGACAAACGGAGGACAAACGCCACGAUGCUUGCGUCGGGCGGAUUCCGGGAUGCCGCACGAAGAAUUGACGCCUCGCUCGGAUUCCUCGAAUUCUCCACCGUUGGACGCGGUAGUGAGUGGUAGUAGCGGAGCUGGUUCGGUUGCAGGACACAGCAACACGAGUAGCCACAGCGAAACCUCUUCGAGCGGGGUGCACAGUAACGCCAGCAACGCUAGCAACGGCAGCUGUCAACGCAGAGCGACCAGCGUGGACGAUUUGACCGGUGGAAACGCAGCGGGGGAACAACGGCCUGGCGAAGAAUCACGCGAUCAGUGGCGUAGCUGUUCCCUCCAACGGGGAAUUCAACCACCAUGCGUGGCUGCUACUUUUUCACCGCCGCACAGUCGUCCAGGCACCAGCCAAUCGUUCUCUUCGCCCCAGUACGCGAACCACGUACCGUUGUUCGUCAACGCGCAUGCAAACUCGCACGGGAACGCGAACGUCACCGAUCUCUCUUCUUCGAGCGGUCCAGGCUGUCCGGCCGUUAUCCUUGAGAAUCCGAAUGAAGCGACCGUGGUGAUUCGGCGUAAACUGUCCAGAACGAAGCUGUCGGAGCCGCUGAAUCCAAACGAGGAACCGUUCGGCCGUUCCACCAACAUGAGGAUGACGUCGUUCACGGAGAGCAACGAUAUCCGCGUGCACGCCUCUUCCGCCACUCUACCGCAUUACCCGACCCAACCAGUGGUCACCUAUCCACAUUGCUCCACUAUGCCGUUGCCUCACGCCUCGCACAGCAUGGCGGGAUCCCACAUGGCCGGCUCGAGCGGAAGCUGCGGCUCCGUGCCUCGUCACACCUUCGUCCCGCCGCAGAUGCACGCGACGGUUCCGGCGCACACCACUCUACCCUCCCAUCACAACGGGGUCAGGCUUCUGCACGCGCCGCCGCUACAACCCGCCGUUCCGAACAACAACCCGUUCGUCAAGAGGUUCCCACCCGUGCCAUUGCUGCACACGCAGCCCUGGGCCCUACCCGGCCAUCACACUUUCCCCCAGCCACCCCAAGCCAAUGGCAAGUUGACCGCUACAGCGCAAAUCAGGCAGACCGAUCGCGAUUCUGCCAACUUCUCCAUGGCCAGCAGUGGCGAUUCUGACACCUGUCUGCCACACUGAGCCCAUCCUACAGCACCUUCUUUUCUCUCCCUUCUCUAGAUCCCUCGAGCACCAGUUGCCUCAUCCUCCACCUUAUACACGUUACACCUACUAUAUUACAUAUCAUACUCUCGCCAUUCUAUUCCUUCCUCGGAAGGAAGGACGUCCGACACGCACGGUUAUACAAUUAUUUUCAACGCAAAAGCCGUCUGUCGCGACAUCCUUGUAACCCCCCUGUUCUUCCAUAUCAAUUACUAUUAAUUCUCGGUACAACACAUACAAGUCAUGCGUAAAUCAUACGUUAAUCUUUUCAAGUUUAAGCGCGAACGUACAAAACUCCUGACAAAACAUAUCCCGCGGGCCGAUGCUUUUCUUUUGUUAGCGAUUCAGCCGUUCUAUAAUACUAGCAAAUCAACCAGCAAAAUCACGGAAAUUACCUUUUUCCUCUUUAAAAUUCUAGUCGUUACCGCGCUUUUCCCCGUUCGCCUUCGCACGUCUCAAACGCGUAAUCAAGACACAAUGCAACGUACAAUGUCCGUUACUUGAUGCACGUAUAUAUGCGCCGAUCACAUUUCAAGAGCAAAAUGUACAAUCCCCUCUUAAGCUUUCAUCGCCGCGCCCCGAAAGUUUGUCAAAGGAUCUUGGAUAUUACACACUUUCACGCGUUCGUUCUAUUGAACGGAAUGAUCGAGAGCAGCAGCUAGAGUGCGUCAAGGAACAAAUCGAUUACUGCCAUAUUACGAAACUAUUUUGUCCUUCUUUCCGUGAGCACACGAAAUUGCAAGUUCGCGAUAUAUUUUCAAAGAAGACGACGAC